AUGUCCNUUAAUUUUGCUGCUGGAACAUUUUGUGAUUGUCAAGCAUUUUUAAAUGUUUAUAAAACAUGGCUUUAUCAUGAAAAUAAUCAACAAUUUCGAACAGUUGAUGCUGAACGUCGUUGGGCACAAAUACAUAAUGUUGAUAUAAAACGUUUACGUGAAGUACAUUUACUUGUUGAUGAAUUACGAAAUCGUUUACGUCAAUUACAUAUAUUUGUACCACGUGAUAUUCGAAAUGUUCCAUUGAAUGAAGGAAUUUUAUAUCGAAGUCAAAUUGAACAACAACUUAAAUCAUUAGUUGAUAUUGAAGAUAUGAAAAUAACAUUUGAAAAUACAAAAGCACUUGUUGAAUUUGCUCCACAACAUUCAACUCGUCANAUUUGUUGA